CAUUUUAGCAGCUCCCUCCAGUCGAGGUCGGGGUAUGGUCGCAGGAGGAAGUUGCUGGGCAGGUCUCAGCAGCAUCUGUGCAGAGGGUUAGAAGAGGAGGGUUUACGUCGUGAAACCCAAACAGAACAUCAGGGUCGAAGUCUGACGAGAGUUCACCCCGUUCGUCAGGAGCUGGACGUUCACAGCCCUCCGAUUGUGGGAGGAGAAGGAAUUGUUUCUCUGGUUUGUCUGAGGGUUUCAAUUUCAAAGACUGGUGUGACUGGAAAAGUGCCGGGAUGCAAGUGCACCUGAGUGAGAGUGUUCCAGGGAACUGACUGUGGAAACAGCUUUCGCUAGUUACCCAGACUGAACAGACAUUGCUUCGUUUAAAGCAGGAGAAACUGCACAUGUGUUCAGUGUCUGGAUAAGGAUUGAACUAAACCUUCAGUCUGGAGGGACACAAAGAAACUGGCACCAUGGAGAAACCAUGGAAAUGUGUGGAGUGUGGAAAAGGAUUCAGAUUUCCAUCCUGUCUGGAGGUUCACUGGCGCAAACACACCGGGGAGAAACCAUUCGCUUGUUUUGAUUGUGGGAAGAUAUUCACUCAGUUAUCCAACUUAAAUCAACACCAGAGAACUCACACCGGAGAGAAACCAUUUCCCUGCCUUGAGUGCGGGAAGAGAUUCACUCAGUUAUCCAACUUAAAUCAACACGUGAGAACUCACACUGGUGAAAAACCUUUUAUCUGCCCUGAAUGCAAGAAGGGAUUCACUCAGUUAUCUAACUUAAAUCAACACCUGAGGACUCACACUGGUGAAAAACCAUUUAUCUGCAUUGAGUGUGGGAAGAGUUUCACUCAAUUAUCCCACUUACAUCAACACCAGAGAACUCAUGCUGGAGAAAAUCUGUUCACCUACACUGAGCAUUGGAAGACGCUCACUCAGUUAUCCCACUUAGAUUCACACCAUGGAGCUCUCGCAGUAGAAAAACUGUUUACCUGCUCUGAAUGUGGGAAGGGAUUUGCUGAUUCAUCCACUUUGCAAGUACACCAGCGAACUCAUACAGGAGAGAAACCAUUCACCUGCUUCGUGUGCGAGAAGAGUUUCACUCAAUUAUCCCACUUAAAUCAACACCAGAGAACUCACACUGGAGAGAAACCAUUUUCCUGCCCUGAGUGCAGGAAGAGAUUCGCUCAGUUAUCUCACUUGACUCAACACCAGAGGAUUCACACUGGUGAAAAACCAUUUAGCUGCCCUGAAUGCAAGAAGCGAUUCACUCAGUUAGCAAACUUACACCAACACCAGAGAACUCACACUGGAGAAAAACCAUUCAUCUGCCCCGAGUGCGGUAAGAAAUUCACUCAGUUAUCCAACCUGCAAUCGCACCGGGGAACUCACACUGGAGUGAAAGCGUUCGUCUGCUCUGACUGCGGGAAGGGAUUUGCUCAGUCAUCCACCUUGCGUGUACACCAGCGAACUCACACCGGAGAAAAACCGUUCACUUGCCUUAAGUGCGGGAAGAGUUUCACCCAGUUAUCCAACUUACAGCAACACCAGAGGACUCACUGUAAGCCGCGCACUGUCAGGAAGGCGAGAUCACAUCCAGAGUGAGAGGGAGUCUGAGGACGAGAAGAGGAGGGCUCACAUCGGGGGAAACCCAAAAGAAACGUCAGGUGAAGAUCUGACCAGAGUCACUCCAUUCAUCAGGUGCUGA